UGUAGAGAACACACACCGCUCCACAUAGAUGAGAACUGACUUACAGACCGACGCUGCGUCGAACAAACCAGAGAAUAUGGUCAGGAGCUCUACCGUCAGUGGCUUGAAUAACACACACCUAACCACCAGCUGAGGAUGUUAAGAUGCCCAUCCAAGGCCUACUCCCUACCCUGGUCUGUCUCACCAUCUGGACCCUGUGGAGCCUGCUAAUACCUGCCCUCAGCCACCCUCACCACAGCCUCUGCAGACUGACCCAAAAGAUUGCUCUCUGUAGUGAUAGUGAGAUCUCAUCUGUGCCGAGGGACCUACCGGACAACAUAGAGGAACUCCACCUGACCCAUAACCACAUUCAGAUGCUACAAGAUGACUCACUCUCCCGCUACAUCUCCCUUCGCACUCUAAGCUGUGCAAAAAAUCGCUUGGAGACAGUGGGGUCAAAACUCUUUCACAACUCACCUCAUCUAGAGAGCCUCAAUCUAGCUGCCAAUCAACUUCACGUUGGAUACCAGGAAACUAGCAGGGCACUGCUCACCCUGUCUAGACUCAAAGUUCUGGAUCUGUCAGAAAACCAGCUUACAAACGACAUAGCUUCGGUCCUCCUCCAGAAUAUGACGUCCCUGGAGUACCUCAACCUUUCCAGGAACCUCCUGCUGAGGCUGGACGAAAGUUCCUUCAGCGACCUCCACCAGCUCAGAGAGCUGGACCUACAGAGGAACAUGCUGUUUGAGAUCGUUGAUGCCUUUGACCACCUGCACAAGCUCCAGAGACUAAACCUGGCCUUCAACCACCUGGCCUGCCUGAUGGACUUCGACAUGACCCAGCUCGUGGUGCUCAACGCAAGUCACAACAACAUUGAGUGGUUCAUAGCCAACCAGGACCUCCAGGAAACUUUCCAGCUGGAGACCCUGGAUCUCACAAACAACAACCUCCUUUUCUUCCCCUUCCUUCCCAUCCAGAGCCGCCUGAGGAACCUCCAUCUGUCCCAGAACAGGGUGAGCUUCUACGAACACCUGGCAGACACCGCUGUCUACCCAAACUGGACCAACAGUGUCCAGUUCUUCAACCUGAGGGGCAACGUGACCAAUGUCACAGCCCAGCUGUGGGACGAGAGCCUUCACGGUGACAUCUCCUCUCUAGACCUACUGGAUCUGAGUGGAAAUCAGGUGGGCUACUUCCCCCAAGGGUUUAUCAGCAAAAUGCCUAGCCUGGUCAGGCUCAGGAUGCAGACAAACUGUCUCGAGGUUUUAAAUCUAACACUGGAAAAACUUCCAGGGACGUUGUACGAGUUGGAUGUGAGCAACAAUAGAUUGACGGAGCUCCAUGCUGACCAAGGUAGUUUAAGUGAGUUAGGAAAACUGAGCUAUCUCAACCUGAGCCAGAAUGACCUGCAGAGUCUACCUCCUAGACUGUUCUCCUCUCUCACCAGCAUCAGCUCUGUGGAUAUCAGCUUUAACAGAAUUGGCAUAUGCCCCCUUGAGGAAUGGGGCGGGAACAGAGAUGGGGGUAACCAAUCAGACUGUGUUGUUUGGAGAAACAUCAUCUCUCUGAGACAGCUCCACCUAUCAGGGUGCAACCUGGGGAGACUGCCAUCGUCAGCAUUCACAGGGACACCUCUAACACACCUGGAGCUGUCUAACAACCCAGAACUCAACAUUGGGCCCAGAUCGAUAGUAGGCCUCAGCAGAACUUUACACCAUCUAGGAUUGGGAAACACAGGCCUGAUAGACUUUGACUUCUCCCCUUUCCACCACUUAAAGUCUUUGAACAUUUCCAGAAACUCUCUUACUCAGCUCCCUGCUUCACUGCAACGCCUUGAGCUGAGGCUGCUGGACCUGAGGGACAACAAACUUAACACUGUCCCCUCAGAUCAGGCUAACACAUUAGCCUUGAAACUACAGACUGUUUUUCUUAAUGGAAACACUUUCAACUGCUGCCAGUUGGACUGGUACAGGACGUUUGAGAGGGCGAAAACGGUCAAUAUCAUCGACCUCUCAGACAUUUCAUGUCAGGAUCUGACAAAAAAUACACACAAAGUGGUGUUUUUAGACCCUUUAAUGUGUGGUGGGAGUGAGGAGGAGUCUGUAUACUGGUACAUCCUGUUGUUUAUCGUACCUGUCCUCUGCCUGGUUGGGAUUUCUGUCAUCUUCCUGCUCACCUUCAGGCCCAGACUGCUUCCCAAGGCCAUUAAAAAUAAAUGCCGGAGGCCCACGUCAUACUGACAUUUCAGUCACCUUCCCUGUGUUGUGGAAGAAAGGUCAAAUGAUUAAGACAAUGUGGUACAUUCUUUCCAAGUGUGAUGUUUUGCACAUGGGUCGUUCCAUGUCAUUUCAGCAAGUCAUGACAUCCACCAUCUCAGAUGGUUCUGAAAUCGUUUCUGUAGUUAGAAACAGAUACGGGAUAGUCUAGUGGUUUGAGCGUUGGACUAGUAACUGAAACGUUGCAAGAUCAAAUCCCAGAGCUCACAAGGUAAACAUCUGUUG